GUGAGAGUGAGCGGGUGGGUGUGGGACGGGACCAGGGUCCAGGGUCCAGGGUUAGAGUGGGCUGACAUCGGGGUGGUGUCGCCCACCACUCCCCCAGCGCCCUCGCCCCGCCGGGGCAGCGUCAGUCCCGCUGGGCGGGUCCCCAUCUGCCUGCCGACUAUUUAAAGAGACCACUUGCCUCUCCAGAGCCGUGGCAGUCCCCCUUCCCCAGCCUUUCCUGCCGCUCGACAUCCACAGCUCCCUCACCGCCCAUGGAUCCAGAGACCCCGAAAGGAGUUGCUGAUGGGGAGCCCACGGACCUGACGGUGGAGGAUGUGACCAGCACUUCAGUGACCCUGAACUGGAACUCCCCCAAACACAUUGGCACGAGUGGCUUGGCAGGAUACAUUGUGGAAUACUGCAAGGAAGGCACUCAGACCUGGGUUGCUGCCAACAAGGAACUGACCACGAAAAACGUCCUGUUGAUUAAAGACUUAACGGAGGGAGACAAGCUGCAGGUCCGAGUUAAGGCAGUUCACGGCAGUGGCGGGACUGCCAUCGCCACCUUCCCGGACACCAUCGUCAUCAAGCAGCCCAUUGUUCGUCCCAAAAUCCGUUUACCCCGCAAUCUCAGGGAUACUUACAUUCGGAAAGUUGGCCAGAAGUUGAACCUGUCCAUCCCCGUCCACUGCAAUGCCAAACCCUCCAUCUCCUGGAGCAAGGAUGACCAGCCUCUCCCUUCAGACCGGGUGAACAUCUGUAACAGUGCCACGGACACCAUCUUGUUCAUCAGGAAGUUGGAGAGGAAGGACUCUGGCAAGUACAAACUGGUGGCCCAGGUGGACACUGCAGUGGAUGAAGCAGUCAUCGGCAUCCAGGUUGUGGAGAAGCCUGGACCUCCACAGAACUUGAAGCUGGCGAGCGUGUGGGGAUCUAACGUGACUCUGGAGUGGCAGCCCCCCAGGGAUGACGGGAAUGCCGAAAUCAGUGGCUACACCAUUCAGAAAUCAGACAAGAAGACGGGGGAGUGGUUCACUGUGAUGGAGAAGUCCCGUGCCACCACCUACACCAUCUCCAACCUGGUGAUGGGGAAUCACUACAACUUCCGCGUCUUCUCCGAGAACCUGUGCGGACUCAGCGAGACAGCAGCGCUGUGCAAGGACACCGUCUAUGUCCCUAAAAUGGGUAGGGCAUACAAUCCCCCUGUGUAUAAAGAGAAGGACUUCACCGAACCCCCUAAAUUUACGCAGCCACCAGUGGACAAGACCGCAACAGUGGGAUAUACCACCAAGCUCUUCUGUAGUGUGAGGGGUAAUCCCAGGCCCAAAAUCAUUUGGUUGAAGAACAAGGCAUUGAUUGAUGAGAAUCCCAAGUUCAGGAUCCUGACCAACGAGGGCAUCUGCACCCUGGAAAUCCGCAAGCCAGGCACUUUCGAUGGAGGUGUCUACACCUGCAAAGCAGUGAAUGCGUUGGGGGAGGCAGCUGUGGACUGCAAGCUUGAUGUGAAGGCUGUUUCUGUGGCGCAGUGAGCAGUGGACCCGUUGGAAGCAGCUUCCUCAGGCAGAUGCGUUCUUUGUCAGCUUUGUAACAUCGAAGGAUGCGCUCCAGCUAUUGCGUGUGAAGUCGGCCGAUAUUUAGAAGCACAGAGAAGGUUGUGUGUCUGUGAGCCGCGCUGCUGGUCGAAUCUCUCUUCAUGCGUCCGUUCCCUGACAUUUUAAACAGUGUGUGACAUUAGUACAGAGUCGUGACAUUGAGACUUGGCAAUGAACAAAUGUACAAAUAAAAAAAAACUAUAAAAAGG